AGACGUACGGGCACUCUCAAUCAACCGCCUUUAGAACGCACGUGUUUACGUUUUUAGCAAAUUGAACGCAAUUUCUUGAGAUUUUCGUACUUUUCGUGUAUAUAUAAACAAAAUGGGGCGAAAUAAUCGUUCGCGAAAGCGCCGCGAUGAAAUGAAUAAAAUAAAGAAGGCGCGCUAUGAAGCUAAGGAGUUGAUUCGCCUGAAGAAAACUCUGGGACUUCUGGAUGCCGAUGGAAAUGAGAUCAUGAAGGAUAUCAGCGAUGUGGUCGAAAUUAAGACCUCCAAGGAGCUCAAGAGGGAGGCCAAAUCCAAGGAGGAGCAGGAACUGAUUUACGAGCACCAGGAGAGUCUGGAGAAGGGUGAAAAGGUCAAGGUUACCAACGAAAACACAGGCGUGGAGCACGUUUUCAACAGCAAGACUCUCAAGGAUCAGUACGGCAAUUAUCCUGCGUGGUUCAAGAAGAAGAAGACCGCCAAGCGCCUAAGGAAGAAGCAGCACUCCCAGAAGAAGAACUUCAAACAGGCCUGGACCACAGUUAAUGUACCUCUUUAAAACCGGGUGACAGGAUUGCCCAACUGGUAUCUUAACAUAGCUUUUAAGUCCUCGCUUAGUUUAGGUGAUUUUGUAGGCCUUUUCUACAAAAAUGUUAUAGCUAAGAGUUUAUAUAUUCAAAUUAAAGACUUCACAAGUUUUAACUAA